AUGUAUAAGAUGAUCCCACGUCUAGAUACUUCAGAAUAUGAACUUAGGAAAGAAAUGAAGAUCUUCCAAGGCUUCUUUCCAUUGGUUCUACUUACUUUAGUUUUUACAUCAAGAUCAGUUCAGGGGCAGGAUGAUCAAGAUCAAUCAGGCUUCAUAAGCAUAGACUGUGGGAUUGUCAAAGGCUCAACAUACACAGAUAAUCAAACAAACAUCAACUAUGUAUCAGAUGCUGACUUCAUCGAUAGUGGCGAGAUCCAUAACAUAUUGCCCAUAUACAACUCCUUCACCCUUGAUACACAGCUUACCACCCUCAAAAGUUUUCCACAAAACACAAGAAACUGUUACACCCUAAAACCAACCCAAGGAAAGGGUAAUAGGUAUCUGAUUCGAGCAAGGUUUAUGUAUGGGAAUUAUGACUUCAAUGGCAUGCUUCCAGAGUUCGAUGUCUAUCUUGGACCUGAUUACUGGGAUACAAUGAAAUUUAACUCGUCAUCUAAACCAGUAAACAUGGAGAUCAUACAUGCCCCCUCAUCAGAUUACAUACAUGUUUGUCUUGUAAAUACAGGUCGUGGAACUCCUUUCAUAUCAGCCAUAGAAUUAAGACCUUUGGCAAACAACAUGUAUGAAGAAACUAGUCUCGGAUCAAUGUACCUUUUUGCACGUGUAAAUUUUGGAACUUCAUUUGGAACAGUAAGGUAUAAAGAUGACAAGUAUGAUCGACUAUGGAGUCCAAUUAGUUGGGCUAAUAGUACGUACUUAUACACAUUUGACAGAGUGUCAGCGUUUCUUUUCACAACCAUUGAUCCACCAUCUGAUGUCAUGACUACUGCCAUCACACCAAGAUACCCAAUGGAGUCAUUUAAGAUAGGGUGGACUCCUGAUAAUGUCACAGAUACGUUUCUCAUAUACACACACUUUGCUGAGAUUGAAAUACUGAAAAAGAACCAGAGAAGACAAUUCAACAUUUACCUAAAUGGGAGCCUCUGGUAUGGAAAUUUCUCUCCAAAAAAUCACACAACAACCACUAUCUACAGCACUGAACCUGAGAUAGUAGCACCCACGUAUACACUCACUAUAAACAAAACAAAAAACUCAACCCUUCCUCCCAUCAUCAAUGCUCUUGAGGUUUACGUAUUGAAGCAGCUCCCACAAAGGCAAACAGAUGAUCGAGAUGCUGCUGCGAUGUGGAGCAUUAAGUCGACUUACAUAAUUACAAGACACUGGCAAGGUGAUCCAUGUGCUCCACAGGAGUUUGUUUGGGAGGGCAUCAGAUGCAGCUACAAUGACACAAAGUCUUAUAGGAUAACAUUCUUGAACUUGUCUAGCAGCGGACUGAAUGGAGGAAUAGAUCCAGGAUUUGCUAAUCUCACAAUGAUAGAGACCUUGGAUUUGUCAAACAAUAACUUAACAGGAGCUGUGCCUAAUUUUCUCUCUGGAAUGAACUUCCUCAAGGUCCUAAAUUUAAAAGGAAACAAUUUCAUUGGGCCAGUUCCAGCACAGCUCCUAGAAAAGUCAAACAAAGGAUUAUUGUCAUUGAGUUUUGAUGGAGAGAGCACUGGUGAUAGUUUAAGUUCUUGUGUCAUGAAUCGUUGUAAAAACACCAAGGAUAACAAAAUCGUUGUUCCAAUAAUAGCAUCUGCCGCAUCACUCUUGGUGAUCUUGAUUGCAGUAUUCAUGGCGAUAUGGAUUAUUAGAAAGCAAAAAACAAGCGACAAAAGGAAGAUAGGCACUGGGAUGCAAAUAAGAAAACAACAAUACGCAUACUCAGAGGUACAAAGCAUCACCGAUAACUUCAAUCAUGUUAUUGGGAAAGGAGGAUUUGGAACUGUUUACCAUGGGAAUAUCAAUGAUACAGAAGUCGCUGUUAAGAUGCUUUCAGAAUCAUCGCUCCAAGGGGACAAAGAAUUCCAGGCUGAGGCCAAUCUUCUCCUGAGUGUUCAUCAUAAGAACUUAAUUUCGCUUGUUGGGUACUGCAAUGAAGGCAACGAGAAGGGAAUCAUUUACGAGUACAUGGCUCAUGGAAACUUAGAAAGGCAUCUAUUUGAUACGAGUUCAAGUGUCUUGAAUUGGGAAGAAAGACUACAAAUAGGAUGUGAUGCAGCACAUGGGUUGGAGUACUUGCAUCAUGGGUGCAAACCACCAAUAGUCCACAGAGAUGUCAAGUGUAACAACAUCUUACUGAAUGAAACUUUUCAGGCUAAACUAGCAGACUUUGGGUUGUCCAAAGCUUUUCCAACCGAAGGUGGUACCCAUAUUUCAACAGCAGUUGCUGGGACUCCUGGAUACCUCGAUCCUGAGUAUUACACGUCAAACAGGUUAACUGAGAAAAGCGACGUUUAUAGCUUUGGGAUUGUGCUUCUGGUUAUAAUUACGGGAGAGCCGGCGAUAACAAAAUAUGAGAAGGACAACAUCCACAUAUGUCGGUGGGUCAAUCUAAAGCUCGCAGAAGGGGACAUGAAAAACAUUGUUGAUCCGAGGUUAGUGGGUGAUUUUGACAUCAAUUCAGCAUGGAAGGCAGUGGAAUUGGCAAUGGCGUGUGUUUCCCACACGCCCAGCAGAAGACCAACGAUGAAUGAAGUGGUGAUGGAGUUGAGUGACUGUUUGGUGAUAGAGAGAGCUCGUCAGAAGACGAAACCAAACGAAUUAACUGCACUCAAUUCUCUUAAUAUGGAGAGUUCGUAUGGUCCGAAUCCAAGAUAGUGAAUGUAUUCAUUCAGAACACAUUUUUAUGUGAUAUUAUUCUGAUCGAUGCUUAUUUUGGUUGGGGGUUUUAAAUGGUGUUGCCUUCUAGAAUGAGAGAUAAGAUUGCACUAGCUUAGCUUGUUUUGACUUGAGUCGUUGUGCGUAAUAAGUGUAGCAAAGUGAUUACUUGCACCCUUGAAAUAUGUGUUCUUGUAGUUGG